AAAAUAUGUUAUUUAAAGUAGUGAAAAUAAUAAUUUCAUCAAAAAUAUAGAAAAACUAAUGUACUUGUGAAUAAAAGUGAAUGAAAAAUCUAAGCAGUAAUUAAGAAUAUUGCCAAAAAAAAAGAAAAGAAAUUGAGAAUACCAUAUAUGAGCGUAAUGUUCGAAAAAUCUUAAAGUAACGCUGGUGACCCUCAAAAUUAAUGCCGCUAAAAAUAUGGCAGCACUUUGGUGCAUGGUACUCUUAUUACGAAAAAACAAAAUGGCGAUUUUCGACAAAUGACUUGUGAAUGGAGGACGAAGACGACGUGAAAAAUUUUUUUGUGUGCUGAGUUGGAGAAAAAAAUUUUGAAAACUUUAAAAAUUGAAAUUUUGUGAAUAAAUAUUAAAAAAUAAUUAAAUUUAUUGAUAAAGAAGUGAAUAAUUAAUGUCUGCUAUAAGAAAAACGCCUAUCACCAUUAAAAUAUAUCAUGAGCCAGGAACACAAUGAAUCCUUUAACAGUAUAGGAUCGGAAGAUAAUGAUGAUAACCGCGAAGAACGUAAUGGUUCAGGAAGUGGUAGCGGUAGUUCUUCAGAAUCCGAUUCCGAUUCAGACAGUUCAUCAUCAUCCUCAAAUUCCAGUGACGGUCACACAUCACCUGAACCACCCGAUCGAGAAGAAGACGAUGAAAAUGCAAGAGAUGGCCAUCUGCAGCUGCAGCAGCAGCAGCACGAGAGGGAACAAGAAAACCAUUAUGCUACACAAACGCAAAACACAGAAGCGGGACUUCCACCAUCAGCCAUGGAUGCACAAGAAGAUACAAAGACCAAUGGCUAUUCCGAUGAAAAUGAAAGUGGCAGCGACAGUGGUAGCAACUCAGAUUCCAAUUCAUCGAACGAUGAAGAUGGUGAUGAAGAUGAGGAGAAAAGAAAACAUCAGGCGGAAGGCGGCAAUGGCGGCGGCGACGACGGCAGUGAUUGUGAAGCAAGAGGAGAAGAGCAGCAACACAAUAGUAACAAUAAUACAACCGCAAUAUCUGCUACCACAGAUAACAAUACAUCACAUACAACCAAUGAUGAAGAUUCCCACAAUUCAAAUGAUGACGACGAUUCCAAUAGUGACGAAGAGAAAAAUCACUCAAACUCUAUGGGUAAAGAGACGACGACGGCGGCGCCGCCGGCUGCGACGACGUUUGAAUCCAUGAAAAAUCACAGUGAUUCUGAUGAUGAUGCAUCUGAUUCAGGAGGAUCUUCAAAAUCAUCUAACUCUUCUGCUCAAUCAGCCUCGGCAUCCAGUAGCAGUAGUAGUGAAGAUACUGAAGAAGAUUAUCAACCUAAAAGAACUUCUGCUCGUCAAACUCGUAAACCAGCACCUGUCGAAAGAGUAAAAAAACCAGUGAAAAAGAAGAAGAAAAACCAAAAUUGGGAUUCGGAGGGAAGUGAUGAGAGCGAUGGCGAUAGUGAAGAUUCAACGCCGCCUAGACGAAAGCCACCCUCAUCUAAACAAAUUAAACAACAAAAACGCAGUAAAAAACCCACCACCUCUGAUGAUAGUAAUGACGAGAAAAGGUUCGGAACUCGUCGGGCAGCGGCUGCGGUAAGCUAUAAGGAAGCUUCGGAAGAUGACAAAACAGACUCUGAAGAUUUACUAGAAGUGGAAUAUGACGAAAGCCAAGUAGAAGCAGCUGCUCUAGCGGCAGAGGAAGAUGAAAAGUGCGAAACCAUAGAACGCAUUUUAGCGAAACGUCAGGGCAAAAAGGGUUGCACCGGCAAUCAAACUACCGUAUACGCAAUAGAAGAAAGCGGCUGUGAUCCCAAUGAAGGUGUUGAUGAAAAUGAUUAUGAAAAUACCGAAUUACAAUAUCUAAUCAAAUGGAAGGGCUGGUCUUACAUACACAACACCUGGGAAUCUGAAACAACACUUAAGGAACAGAAGGUCAAAGGCAUGAAAAAAUUGGAUAAUUUCAUUAAAAAAGAACAGGAAAAAGAGUACUGGAGGCGGCAUGCAGGUCCAGAAGACAUUGACUACUACGAGUGUCAAUUGGAAUUGCAAAAUGAUCUAGUUAAGUCGUACAAUAGUGUUGAUCGCAUCAUAUCACGCAAUGAAAAACCUGAGGGUGACAGCGAAUACCUAUGCAAAUGGCAAUCACUGCCCUAUGCCGAAGCCACUUGGGAAGAUACUAAUUUGGUUUCGCGGAAAUGGCAACAUUGCGUUGAUCAUUUCAAUGAUCGUGAAAAUUCUAAAUGUACACCAUCACGGCAUUGCAAAGUUCUCAAAUAUCGUCCAAAGUUUUAUAAAAUAAAAAUUCAACCCGAAUUUUUACAUGAAGGUCUAACACUUCGAGAUUAUCAAAUGGAUGGUUUAAAUUGGCUUUUGCAUUCAUGGUGUAGAGAGAACUCUGUCAUUUUGGCCGAUGAAAUGGGUCUGGGUAAAACGAUACAAACAAUUUGCUUUUUGUAUUCCCUAUUUAAAGUACAUCAUUUAUAUGGUCCAUUCCUGUGUGUGGUGCCACUCUCAACAAUGACUGCUUGGCAGCGUGAAUUUGAACUGUGGGCUCCCGAAAUGAAUGUGGUGACUUAUUUGGGUGAUGUUAAAUCUCGAGAAAUGAUACGUCAAUAUGAAUGGACAUUUGAUGGUUCGAAAAGACUGAAAUUUAAUUGUAUUCUCACCACAUAUGAGAUUGUGUUGAAGGAUAAAUUAUUUCUGGGUACAUUGCAAUGGGCAGCAUUGCUUGUCGAUGAGGCUCAUCGUUUAAAAAACGAUGAUUCUCUACUUUACAAAUCGCUCAAAGAGUUUGAAACCAAUCAUAGAUUACUAAUUACGGGUACACCACUACAAAAUUCACUUAAAGAACUUUGGGCUCUUCUGCAUUUUAUAAUGCCUGAGAAAUUCGUGACAUGGGAGGAUUUUGAAGUGGAACACGGUAAUGCUGCCGACAAAGGCUACACUAAACUCCAUCAACAAUUGGAACCGUACAUCUUGAGACGUGUUAAGAAGGAUGUUGAAAAAUCUCUACCGGCCAAAGUUGAACAAAUUCUGCGCGUUGAAAUGACUUCAUUGCAGAAACAAUACUACAAAUGGAUACUCACAAAGAAUUUUGAUGCCUUACGCAAGGGCAAAAAAGGAUCGACCUCAACAUUUUUGAAUAUUGUCAUAGAGUUAAAGAAAUGCUGUAAUCAUGCCGCCCUAAUAAGACCUUCAGAAUUUGAACUGAUGGGUCUGCAACAGGAUGAAGCUCUGCAAACACUGCUGAGAGGUUCGGGCAAACUUGUGCUCUUGGAUAAGUUGCUGUGUCGCCUUAAGGAGACGGGCCAUAGAGUAUUGAUAUUUUCUCAAAUGGUGCGUAUGUUAGACAUAUUGGCGGACUAUUUACAAAAGCGUCACUUUUCAUUCCAACGUUUGGAUGGCAGCAUAAAGGGAGAAAUACGCAAACAAGCUUUAGAUCAUUUCAAUGCCGAAGGUUCACAAGAUUUUUGUUUCCUACUUUCGACAAGAGCAGGAGGUUUGGGUAUCAACUUGGCUACAGCCGACACUGUGAUCAUUUUUGAUUCGGAUUGGAAUCCACAAAACGAUUUACAAGCUCAGGCACGUGCCCAUCGUAUAGGACAAAAAAAUCAAGUGAAUAUCUAUCGUUUGGUAACAGCUCGUUCAGUGGAAGAACAGAUUGUGGAAAGAGCCAAACAAAAAAUGGUCUUAGAUCAUUUGGUUAUACAACGUAUGGAUACCACAGGGCGCACAGUUUUAGAUAGAGGUAGUUCGGGUCCUUCCAACAAUACUCCCUUCAAUAAGGACGAUCUCUCGGCUAUAUUAAAGUUUGGUGCUGAAGAAUUGUUUAAGGAUGAGCAAGAAAACGACGAGGAACUAGUAUGUGAUAUAGAUGAAAUUCUGCGAAGAGCAGAGACGCGCAAUGAUGAUCCCGAAAUGCCGGGCGACGAUCUGCUAUCUGCAUUUAAGGUGGCUAGUAUAGCAGCAUUUGAAGAAGAACCCGACACCUCUACCAAGGACAAUGAAAAUCAGGCCAUAGAAGAAGAUACAAAAGAUUGGGAUGAUAUUAUUCCCGAAGAUUUCCGUAGAGUUGUCGAAGGUGAAGAAAAAGCCAAGGAAAUGGAGGACUUGUAUUUGCCACCCAGAAGAAAGACUGCUGCAAACAGUCAAAAUGACACACCCAGUAGAAGAGGUGGCAAAAAGGGACAGCCGGAAGAUUCUAACGACUCUGAUUAUGACAUGGGCUCGGACGCUAGCAACGAUGCUGAUGGAAAAUCGAAAUCCAAACGUGGUAGACCAGCAAUGAAAGAAAAAAUUAUUGGUUUUACUGAUACCGAAAUUAGACGUUUUAUAAAAUCCUAUAAAAAAUUCCCUGCUCCCCUGGAACGGCUAGAAGCUAUAGCUUGUGAUGCUGAGUUGCAAGAAAAGCCUUUGGCUGAACUCAAACGCAUAGGCGAAAUGCUGCACGAUCGUUGUGUACAAUUUUUGGAAGAACAUAAGGACGAAUUGGCUGGUAAUGCGGCCGCUAAUAAGAAAGCAGUUGAUGCUGCUGCAGCUUCGACUGGAACUGAAGAAACAGCUUGUAAACAAAAACGUAGUAGAGCUACAUUUUCCGUUAAAUUGGGUGGAGUUUCGUUUAAUGCUAAAACCCUUUUGUCAUGCGAAGAAGAACUCAAACCGCUAAACGGUGUUAUACCUGGCACUGCUGCCGAAAGACUGAAUUGGUCACUGAGCAUUAAAACACGACCCGCCAAUUUCGAUGUUGAAUGGGGAGACGAAGAAGAUUCUAAACUACUAUGUGGUAUCUAUCAAUAUGGCAUAGGUUCAUGGGAACAAAUGAAAAUGGAUCCUAGUCUCAAGUUAACAGAAAAAAUUCUGCACAAUGAUGAUCGUAAACCACAAGCGAAACAUUUGCAAUCUAGAGCGGAAUACCUACUUAAGAUCAUAAAGAAAAACAUUGAAACCAAAAAAGGAGGAGAACGCAAGCAACGUAAACCCAGAAAGCCAAGAGAAUCAAAAGCAGCAGCAGCAUCCACUGUAACACAUAAUGCCACACCCGAACGUAAGACUCGUCACGUUUCUGAAGCGGAAGACGCAUUGCAAACUGGUGAAAGCAUUACGGCUACUGAGAAAAAGACACGCAAGGAAAGAAAAGAAAGUCAAUCGAAACCUGAGGCUGUUGAAGAUGCAACGUCUAAUGAUGUGGAAGCCACACAUGUCACAAGCAAGAAGAAACAAAAAGCUGCUAAAGAAAAGGAUCCUACAGCAAAAUCCUCGGCCAAAUCUAAGAAAUCAUCCGGUGCGGAUUCGACAAAUAAACCCAUGCAUUUUACGGCGAACAAUGAACCAAGAGCCUUGGAGGUUUUGGGCGAUUUAGAUCCCAACAUAUUCAACGAAUGUAAAGAAAAAAUGAGACCAGUUAAAAAGGCCCUCAAAGCUUUGGAUCGUCCAGAUUCCAGUCUUUCUACUCAAGAUCAAGUGAAACACACAAGAGAUUGUUUAAUAUCCAUAGGAAGGCAAAUAGACGUUUGUCUUGAAACCUACACCAAAGAAGCGGAGAAGAAAGAGUGGCGUUCCAAUCUUUGGUAUUUUGUCUCCAAAUUUACAGAAUUUGACGCAAAAAAACUUUUCAAAAUGUACAAAGUUGCAUCGAAAGAUUCUAAGGAAUCUAGUGUUAAUAAAACUGCCAGUCCGGAGAAAAACUCUAGUAAAUCCUCACUAUCGCCCGCUAAGAAAUCUAAAGAUACAUCCUUAACACAAAAUGGCAAUGAAGAGAAGAACAAAUCCGUUAAAAAGAAGAAAAAGGAUAAAGAUAAAGACAAAGACAAAGAAAGGGAUAAAGAACGCGAUAAACCCAAAUCUGAAAGGUUUAUGAAAAUUGACCAGGGCAAUAGUAAACCUCCUAUGAAUAAACAUAAACCAGUCACGGGAAAGCCUGGGGGUCUAACACCGGGUAGUAAUAAUUCACCUAUGAAACGUAAACGUGAUGAAAUCGAGGCUGCUGCAGCGGGUGGUACACCCAUGCAAGGUGGUGAUAUGAAAUCAAUGUCAUAUAAAAGACUGAAUAUGGAGAGUGGUGGUCCGGGAAGAAAUCGUGAUGAACGCAACAAACAACGUCAACGUGAUGAUUACUAUGGUGGCGGCAAUAGUCAUGAUGGUUUAAAUACUAGUAGAGGCAGUAGUAGCGGUGAUCGUCGCAAUUCAAUAAACUCGCCAUCCACUCCAAAUAAUCGUAUGCACUCUAGUAAUCCACGACUACCGCCCGGUACUACUUCAUCACCAUAUGUUGAGGGCGGUUCUGGUGGCAGCGGUGGCGAGCGGUGGAGUCAUAGUCGGGAACGGUAUGGUAAUUCUGAUUAUAAACGUGAACGUUAUGACAGCUAUAACAACCGUACACCUGGCAGCGGCGGCGGUGGUUAUCAUCGUGACCACAGAGAUCGCGAUAGGGAUAGACGAGUCGAUAAAAGAAGAUAUCCACCCUCACAUCCGCCUCAGCACGGUUAUCCGAAUCAUUAUAUACCUCCGUAUUAUAAUAUGCCACCAAAUGGUGUGGUACCCCCAGGCAUGGGUGGUCCCCACGGCAGUUAUAGUGGUGGUGGUAGAGGAGGAAAUACAGGUGAUCCUCGUUAUCAUGGUGAUUGGUCUCGUGAAUAUCCGCCAGAAAACUACAGACGAGGGGGCGGUGGUAACGCACCACCUGGUGUUAACAAUUCUAACACUCCAAAUGCCGAAUAUGAUCGUCGUCCUCCACCACCACAAACAUAAUACUUACCAAAACAAGAUUAGAUGUUAAAAACAACACAACUACUACAAAACAAACAUGUGUUAUAUCUACAAUUUCUCAUAUAACUUUUUUUUGUUACUUUUCUUUCUCCUUUAUUUUUUUUUUAGUAUUUUUCUCUCACCCCACCAUCAUAAAUUAUAUAUCUCAAAAUAUGUGCAUAUAGUAGUUUUAAAUACUAUACUUUAAUCUUCAUUGUGUAAAUCAUUUUACAUAGUUACUUUGUAUUUACUAUUAUAUAUAUAUAUAAAAAAAUUAUAAUAAUAAUAUGUAUGUUGUAUUUAGUAUAUAAUACUGCAAACAAACAAACAAACAACUCCUAUUGCUAGCCAAUCAUUAGAGAAUGAAAUCUGUGAGAAACUUAUAAUUUUUUGCAUCCACUUCGUUUUAAACUGAAAACCAACUAUUUCAUUUAAGCUUCUGUUUAAACUUUUAAGUAUAGUUUUAAUUUAUUUCCAUAUGAGUUUCAACUCUUAUGUUAAUUUUUUUAUAUAUACAUACAUACAUACAUAUAAAUUCAGCAAAUAUGUUUAGAAAAAUAUAAAUUAAUUUCUACAAAAUACUGUAUAAAGUACAUUUUAAGUUAAGUUAAGGACAUUUCUAUAAAACAAAAAAUAACCAUUUAUUUAUAUUAACAAUUAUAAAAUUCCAAAUUGGAAUUUUUAACGCUUAAUAAAACAGAAAAAACAAAUUAUUUAAAAAAUUGGACUUUGUUAAAAUGAACAAUAAAUAAUAAACUAUAAUAUCAACUCACAUGUUGUAGUAAAACGAAAGCGCUUGUAAGUGAAAAAGAACAAAAUAUGCUUGUGUUUUCCUUUUACACAACAUGUUUAAAUGUAUACAAAACUUAUUUUUCUAAAACAUAUUAAAAGAUUUUUUUACUAAAUAGAAUACACAAGAAAUUAUUUCGUUCUUCUCAAAAUUUUAACAAAUUUUUUCAUUUAAUUUGUUUGUCAUAAUUUAUUCACAUUAAUGAAUUUAAAACUCUCAUUGCAACUAGUUUGCUAAAUUACAUUCUAAAUAAACUUUGAUAUAACAAAACAUGUGUAAAUGUUUAAUAUAUCAAUAAAUAGUUUGUGUCUAUUUUUAAUAAUAGAACCACAUCACUCACAUCAUCUCGUUUUUUAAUUCUCCUUGAACAAAGUUUCUUCAUCCAUUUAAACUUAGCCAACAACAAUAAUACAAUACAAUAUCAUUCAUUGCGUAGUCUUAAGAUUCGUUCGUAACUGCAAAGAAAUAUUUCUUUUUGUAAAUUAAUAACCAUUAAUCCUAGUGUGUUUAUUUUGUACAGUCAUAAAUUCUAAGCGGAAACAUGUUUUAUAAUUUAGAGUUAAUACAUUAAAAACAAAAAAUACAAAAAAAAAAAAAAUUAUAUAACUUGUAAUAAAAAUGAUACAUUUUUAAUUUCAAAAUAAAAAAUGAAAAACAAACAAAUACAACAAAAAACAAAUAAAAUAAA